UCCUCACAACAAAUUCAAAUGCAAAACAAAAUUUUCGAGAUGUAUGUUCUCGAAUAGAUCCCCGGUUGUCCAAAACAUGGGACAUAUCUAAAAAGAAAUGAAACCGAAUAUUAUAGUGACUUCUUUACUUUCUGCUGUCAUAUUCAACACCGCCGUAAUUUCCGGAAGAAUUUUUAAUGGGAGUGAUAAGGGUACCUCGAGUAGUUACUCAGGAACGACUGGAAAGAAAUAUGGUCAGCCAAAAACUGGCCAUAGGAUUUCCUCAAAGAGGACAUCAAGGAAACUACCAGUGGCAGGAAGUUUGUUAAGACCCGAGUCCCUGCCUAAAGCACCACAAAGCAAUGAUGUAGGAAAAAAUAAAGGGAAAAGAUGUGGAUGUUGUAUUUGCCACGGUUGUCAGCCUUGUGUUGGCGGCUGUAUGCCAAAUUGCGAUUGUGACUGUUGUCGCCAUGAAUGCGAUGAAGGUUGUUGGUGUCCUAUUCCGGGUGCCGAGGAAGCCCCUAAAAAGAAGCCCGCAGAGGAGCCAUGCUGCUCUCCUUGUUGUUGCCCAUGUUGCCCUGUUCCAAGUUGUCACCAUUGUUGUCAUCAUAUUCAUCAUCACCAUCACCACUGCUGCCCUUGCUGUCAUUGCUGCCACUGCUGCCACUGCUGCCACUGUUGCCCAUGCUGUUGCCACUGUUGCCAUUGCAAACGAUCUCAAGGGCCGUUAUCACCAGCAUUCUUAAGAAGACCUCUCUUCUUGUACAUGGUUACUCCCUAUCCUUCAAUCAGUGGACUUAACGCAAAGGACGCAUGGUCGCUGUUACAACAUGGGCCAUUACGCGUUCACUAAGCCGGUAGAAAGCUCGAUAACGGCUUUUUGAUGGAUGAUAAUUUGUAUGAUAUGAGUUGUAGAUGUAGUUAUUGCUGCAUACUCACCUCCAGGUUUGCAUCGUCGCGUUCCUCGAGAUGCACUAAUCAACUAAAAUGAUGUAGAAGUGUGUUAAUGGAGUCUCAAACUACCCGCAGCUGGCGUAAUUCCAGAUCUCGACUAUACGUGAUAACAUGAGAUCCACCAUCCUCUAUUUUUCUCCCCAAUGUGGACUGGACUCUCUGUCGAAAAAAUGGUUAUUUUAAGGGUGCAGUUUGGAUAAAUUAAGAAAUCAAUUUUACGGCUACGAGUAGAUCGUCGCUUCACACUGUUUAUCCGCCUAAACGUUAUAAACUAGCCAACAUGGCCGCGAAAAAAUAAACACAAAUAGAAUGACAAGGGAUUUCAGUCACCCUGAUAAAAAGGUGCCUGAAACAUUUACUAAACUCAAUGAAGAAUGGCGUGUAUUUUGCGUGUUUCCGUUUUUAAGAAUAUAAAAUACUAAUAAAGAAAAUUACGUUUCAGUAAAAUAAGUGUCAUCUUUGGUUAUCAAUCCUGGCUAAUUUUACACUUAAAUGAUCACAUGAUGUAUCCAAAGUAACGUUUCAACCUUUCAAUGUGACGAGAGGAACCCGAUGAUAAAGAUCACUUUGUCUGCUUAACAGUAGUGAAUGCCUAACCAUUAGCUAUAUUUCUUCAGUUUACGACGUGGGGCCUUUCGCACCCUGGGCCCCUGUGCUUGGUCUUGAGGCGGCGAUGGCCAGGAAUAAGCAUACGUCCACUGUGGGCCAGCAUAAACUUUUACGAAGUUCUUUCCAAAGAUUUUUAAUUAACCUUUGAGUAAGGGUAUUCCUUUAAAGGAAAAAUAAAGCGAAGAAUGUUUGUCAGGUGCGUAGGAAAAACAUUUAUUAAAUGCAUUUCCGUGUCGGUAGACGUUACGAGAGGAGGAGUUCUUGCUCGGUGGAUUUAUUCAGGUCGCCGUCACGGUUCAGUUCCGUGUACCUGGAUUCCAGUAUACAAAACGACUCGUAACGAAGAGCAAACAGACUUUUAACAUCCUUUUUUCAAGUUCACAAUCUGAAGGGAACCGCGCAAAGAGUUUUAACACUAGUCAAGCUUCGAACUCGC